AUGAUUUUCACGGGUGUUUUACCCAGACUCGAAAGAACAGCUGCCGAAAACUUAGCUAAGAAGUAUGGUGCUAAAGUCACAAAAUCCAUCCUGGGCAAAACAAGCUUAGUAGUUAUCGGAGAAGAAGCUGGACCAUCUAAAGUACAAAAAAUAAAGAAGAAUAAGAUUAAAGCAAUUACAGAAGACGGUUUUAUACAGCUCUUACAAAGUAUGCCUGCGGAAGGUGGAGAUGGAGAAUCAGCUAUGGAAGCACGCCGGAAAAGAGAAGCAGAAGAACGUAAAAUAAUUGAGCAGGCAGAAGUAGAAGAAAGGAAAGCACGGGCAGAAGAAAAGGCUGCUAGCCAACCUCAAGUUAAAUCUGAAGUUGAUCCUUCUCGUGCAGAAAGUCCCAAAAGAGUCAUUCCUAACAGCGAGAAGCUUUGGACAGUUAAAUAUGCACCUAAUGAUAUUGCUCAAUUGUGUGGUAAUAAAGGCCAAAUCAAUAAGUUGAAAACCUGGUUAUCAAACUGGUUUGAAAAUGCGAAGCAUGAUUUUAAAAAUCCUGGACCAGACGGCUCAGGCAUUUUUAGAGCGUGUUUAAUUAGUGGACCACCGGGUAUUGGAAAAACUUCUGCUGCCCAUUUAGUAGCCAACAGUUUAGGCUUUGAUGUUUUGGAAAAAAAUGCAUCAGACGUUAGGUCAAAAUCCUUGUUAAACACUAACAUUAAGUCUGUUUUAAAUAACACUUCUGUCGUGGGAUUCUUUAAACAUAGACAUGAUGAAGAACAGCAUGUCAAUGAUAAGAAAUUCUGUCUCAUUAUGGAUGAAGUUGAUGGUAUGUCAAGUGGUGAUCAUGGUGGUGCAGGUGCAUUAUCAGCAUUUUGCCGCAUUACAAAAAUGCCUAUGAUUUUAAUCUGUAACGAUAAAUCAUUACCUAAGAUGAGGACAUUUGACAGAGUUACGUAUGAUUUAGCAUUUAGAAGACCUACAGAAACAGAAGUGAAAGCAAGAUUAAUGACUAUUGCUCAUAGAGAGAAAAUUAAAUUGGAUCCAACGGUUAUUGGCCAAUUAGUACAAGUUACAAAUCAUGAUAUCAGACAAAUGAUCAAUUUGUUAUCGACCGUUUCUUCAACACAAAAAUCAAUUAGUCAUAACGAAAGUAGGGAAUUCUCAAAGAGCUGGCAGAAGCAGACCGUUUUGAAACCAUUUGAUAUCACAGGCAAAUUGUUAAAUGGUCAAAUUUAUAACCCAAGUUCCAAUCACACUUUAAACGAUAAGAUAGACUUAUAUUUCAAUGAUAUAGAUUUCACACCAUUGAUGAUACAAGAAAAUUAUCUCUCUACUAAGCCCACUAAUGUUAAAUCGACUCUAGACCAUUUGGAGAGAGUCGCACGGGCUGCAGACGAUAUUUCCCAAUCUGAUCAUGUUAAUUCAUUGAUAAGGUCGAGCGAACAACAAUGGAGUUUAUUGCCGUUCCAUGCAGUUAUGUCUUCAGUGAAACCUUCGCUGGAGGUUGCAGGUAACUUCACGCAGAGAAUUAAUUUUGCCGGAUGGUUGGGGCAAAACUCCAAGGCUAUGAAGUAUCAAAGAUUAUUACAAGAGUUGCAAUACCACACAAGAUUAAGAACUUCUACAGAUAAAGCGCAAUUGAGAUUGGAUUAUUUACCAUUAUUAGUUAAAAAAUUGGCUGAUCCUCUUUUACAAUAUGGUGAAGAUGGAAUUGAAGAAGUCAUGGACAUUAUGGAUUAUUACUAUUUAACCAAAGAAGACUGGGAAUCGCUUAUUGAUUUUGGCGUGGGCCCUGCAAAGGGCGAAUUGUUAUUGAAAAAGAUUCCUGCGAAAGUUAAAACAGCCUUCACUAGAAAGUACAAUGGUAAAUCACACCCAGUUGCAAUCUACAAAACUGGUAAUUCCGUGGGAGCCGGUGCCGGUGCUCGUAAACAAAAAGUUGACUUUGAAGACGUUAUUGAAGAUGAUACUAAUAUUAAAGAUGACGAAGAGGAAUCUGUAGAUUCCGACAAAAUAGAUACCAAAAAGGAUAAAUUAAUUAAAGAGGUGAAACCUAAAAAAUCCACAACAAAGAAGAAACCCGCAAAAAAGAAAUAA